AUGGCAGGAUAUACAUUAACUAUGUUGGGUUGUGGUGUUAUGGGCCAAGCGAUCCUUUCAGCUAUAUAUAAUGCUCCUAAACCAGAAGACAAGAAAAUUCAAAGCUUAUAUCCAAGUAAAAUCAUUGCAUGUAACGGUGAUGAACAGGCGGCUGAACAAGUUAGCAAGUUAAUCUCUGGGUUUGAUCCAUCGCCAAAUGGAAUCAUUGUAGAGUCUACGUUUAGUGAUAAUUUAUCUGCAGUGGAACAAUCUGACGUUGUUAUUUUAGGGACAAAACCAUUUUUAGUAGAACCUGUAUUAAAUGAGGUUGAAUCAGUAAUUGAUGGGAAAUUGAUUGUGUCUAUUGCUGCAGGAUGGACCAUAGAACAAUUGCAAUUCUACUCUAAAUCAGUAUCACGUAUUAUGACUAAUACACCAGCCAAAUACGGGUACGGUUGUGCUGUGAUUGCCCACUCUUUAGAAGUGAAAGAUGAGCAAAAGACGCUAGUCAACGAAUUAAUAAGGCACGUUGGUGUUUGUGUGGAGUUGCCAGAGAAACAUAUGGAUGCAGCAACCUCUUUAGUUGGCUCAGGACCAGCAUACGUCUUACUAAUGAUUGAAUCCAUGAUGGAGAGUGGUAUUAAAAUGGGGAUCCCACUACAAGAAUCAUUGAAAUGCACAUUACAAGUCCUUGAAGGCACAGCCAAGAUGGUGGAGAAGAGUGGAGCCCAUCCAAGUGUUCUAAAGCACCAAGUGUGUACACCAGGUGGUACCACCAUUGCUGGUCUUUGUAAAAUGGAAGAGUAUGGUGUUAAGAACGGUAUAAUUAAAGGUGUUGAAGAGGGUGCCAUUGUAGCUGCCAAACUAGGUAAAAAGAAAUAA